GCGGAGCGGGGAAGAUGGCGGCGGCGGGCGCGGGGGCCGGGCCCGGGCCCGGCGCGGGACCCUCGGCCGGCGCCGGUGCGUCCAACCCGCGCAAGUUCAGCGAGAAGAUCGCACUGCAGAAGCAGCGGCAGGCGGAGGAGACUGCGGCCUUCGAGGAGGUCAUGAUGGAGAUCUGCUCCACACGGCUGCAGGCGCAGAAGCUGCGGCUGGCCCACAGCCGGGGGCCCUUCUACAGCGGCUCCCUGCCCAACGUCAACCAGAUCGGCACCGGCGUGCCCGAAUUCCAGGGCCCGUCGCCGCUGGAUUCCACGCGGAGCACGCGGCACCACGGGCUGGUGGAGCGUGUCCAGCGGGACCCACGCCGGAUGAUGUCCCCCCUGCGCCGCUACGUCCGCCAGAUCGACAGCUCUCCCUACGGACCCACGUACCUGUCACCUCCACCUGAGCCCAGCUGGAGGAGGACCAUGCCCUGGAGCAAUUUCCCCAUGGAGAAAGGACACUUAUUCCGGCUGCCCUCAGCUCUCAACAGGACGAAUUCCGACUCGGCGCUGCACACGAGCGUGAUGAACCCCGCGCCCCAGGACGCCUACCUGGGCCCCUCCCAGGCCGGGCCCCCACCUGGACGCCGAGCUGGUUUCCUGGACGGGGACUCGGACAGCAAAGUGUUUCUUUUCCAAGUGCCUCCCAUCGAAGAGAACUUCGAUGACAACAAGCACUCGCUGAAGCCCUGGGACACCAAGAAGCUCUCGUCCUCCUCGGCCCGGCCACGCUCCUGCGAGGUCCCGGGAAUCCACAUAUUCCCAUCCCCGGAUCAACCUGCCAACGUGCCCCUCAUGCCCUCGGCCCUCAACACGGGGGGGUCCCUGCCCGACCUGACCACGCUGCACUUCCCGUCCCCCCUGCCCACCCCUCUGGACCCUGAGGAGGCCCCGUACCCCCCCCUGAGCGGGGGCAGCAGCACCUCCAACCUGGCCACCACCAUGACCCACCUGGGCAUCAGUGGCACCGGCGGCGUCGGGCUGGGCUACGACCCCCCAGGACUCCCCUCACCUCUGCAGAGCUCCCUGAGUAACCCGUCCCUGCAGUCCUCCCUGAGCAAUCCCAACCUCCAGGCCUCCCUGCGCAGCCCCUCACUCCAGGCCUCCCUCAGCAACCCCUCGCUCCAGUCCUCCCACAGCAGCUCCUCCAUCCCCUCCUCUCUCUCCAACCAGUCCCUGCCUUCCUCCCUGUCCUCCUCGCUCUCCAACCCCUCGCUGCCCACGUCCCCCCGCAGCCAGCCCCUCCAGUCCUCGCCCAGCAACCCCAGCCUGCCCUCGGGGCUGGGCGGCUCCUUCGCGGCCACCUCGCCCCGCCGGCGGGUCCCGCUCAGCCCCCUGUCCCUGCCCGUGGCCGGCGACUGCAGACGGCAGCACCCCAAACAGUUCUCACCAACAAUGUCACCCACAUUGUCCUCCAUCACCCAGGGCGUCCCCCUGGACACCAGCAAGCUGCCAGCGGAGCAGCGGCUCCCGCCGUACCCCUACGGCCAGCCGGGAAUGCUGCUGGGCUCCCAGCCCCCCCCGCGGGCCCCCGCGCCCCCCCCGCGCCCCUACAACCCCCCCUACGCCCCCGGCACCCCCCUGGGGCAGCCCCUGGCACAGCCCCCCGGCGACUUCGGCCUGGGCAGCCUGGAGCAGUUCGGGAUCGGGGAGAGCCCCCCCGGGAACAGCGGAGGGUUCCCCGAGGAGUUGGGGGCCCUGAGUUACCCCCCGAGCGAGGGGGGCUACGACCCCCCCGGCCUGAACCGCCCAAACCUGAGCAACUGCAGCCGCCACGGCCCCAUCCCCAACAUCAUCUUCACAGGCGACUCCCCCCCCGGGCUGUCCAAGGAGAUCGCCACGGCGCUGGCGGGGGUCCCGGGCUUCGAGGUGGAGGGGGGGUCUCUGGGGGGGCUGGGGGGGCUGGAGGAGGAGCUGCGCAUCGAGCCCCUGACGCUGGACGGGCUGAGCAUGCUGAGCGACCCCUGCGCGCUGCUCACCGACCCCGCCGUCGAGGACUCCUUCCGCUCCGACCGCCUCCAGUGAGCCCGGGGGGGCUCCGGCCCCGCGCCCCCCCCCGCCAUCCCCGCCCCCGGGGCCGCCCCCCGGCCCCGCCGCCCGCUGCGCUCCCGCUGAAACGCCGGGAAAGCUCCGGGAAAGCUCCGGGAGAGGCGGGAAGGGGCGCCCCAAACCCGGCUGGAGGGAGCUGCCACUGCCCCCAGCGAGCUCCCCCCAGUCCCAGAAAAAUGGGUAGGGGGCUCUGUCCGGACCCUUCCAACUUGCUCCUAUCCACUGAGCUCGGGGGGGGCCCACGCCACGCCCCCCCCCUCAUUCCCACUCUGGGAAUUGGCCUCACCAGUCACUGUCAUCCCAGGAAAAUCCUGGGAAAAGUGGGGAGGGGGCUCCAGCCGCGGCUCUCAAGGGCUCCUUCUGCUCCAUCCGACUCCAGCAAGGCUGGGGGGGGUCCCCAGCACCCCCCAGUUCCCCCUCCCCAGCCCCCACGGGGUCCUGUUCUCCCAGAAAACCCCGGGACCACCUCGGAGUGGGGAAAACUGGGGAGGGAGAGACAAUCCAGGCACCCCGUGCCCCCCGCCCCCCAAAACAAGCCUGGGGGGUUCCACCCGGCGCCCCUCCCCUAAUUCCCACCCCCAGACCCCACCAGGCACCGUUCUCCUGGGAAAACCCCGGGAAAUUUGGGGAGGGGGUUGCAAUCCAGGCACCCCCAGCAGAGGGCUGUACAUAACCCCGUAGGUAGAGACCCCCGGGGGGGCUGGGGGGGGGGGGGGCUGCUUCUGCCUUUACUUUAUCAUUUUUCCGGCUAAUCAUCAUGUUUAAGGAGAAAUCCCGCUCCCCCCUCCCCAAUAUGUACCCCCAGCCCCCUCCCCAAAUUACCCAGCUGCCGGGGACGUGUAGAAAGCACUUGUAACUUUGCCCCCCUCCCCCCAAAAAUUGCCCCCCCCCCCCGGGGGAGCGCAGGGGGGGCCCGUCCGCGGGUGGGGGGCCCUGGGCCCCCCCCGGAGGGAGCCAGAGUGAUUUAUUAUUAUUAUUAUUUUUUAAAAUAUAUUCUAUGUUAAUUAAA